AUGUACAAGUUAAAUAUUCUUGCACCAAAACAAUUUUUCGAUUUACAAACUCCUAUCAACUUUCUUGUGAAAAAAAAAAAUUUUGCAAAUGUGAAAGAGAUCAGAUAAAAAUAUAAAACUGAAUUAGGUGAUAAAAUAGGUUCCCAUUCUCUACCACAUAACAUUUGGAUUUAUACUCCACUUAGUAUUUCAAGUAAUCGGAUCAUAAAACCUUAAGGAUCUUUGGCACUUCAUUAAAAAAAAAAUAAACUACCGAUUUAUAUGUCUAGAAAAGAUAUGAUUAUUGAAUUAGAAAAAUUUAAAUAAAGAGCUUGCUCAACAUCACCAUCAAAAAAAUAGAAAAAAUAUCAUAACUUAUUCUAUAAUAAUUUUGAAAGGAAUGAAAAAUUGAAAAAAUAUUUUCAGAAAAAUCCAUAAAAUACACCUUAAAAUAUGAAUUUUAUCUCCAAUAUUGAAGACUAACGAUAAUAAAUCUUUUAAUCACCUAAGUCAUAUGAAAUUAAUUUCAAAAGACUCAAUUCUGUAAGUUCUAUAUAACCUAAAUUCCCUUCUUUAAAGAAAAAUUAAAUAAAAGCAGAAUCUAAAGAAUUAGACAGAUAAAAUAGUGAUUUCAUCAACACAUCUAGCAAUCAAAAUUUUUAAGAUAGUUUCUCAGCUAUUUAAGAGAGAGUUUAAACUAAAAAAUACUAUUAAAAUAAAAAAUGUGAUAUUGAAAGAAAUAAAUUUUUAAAUGAUUCCUAUCGAUUAUAUGGGUUUGUAACAGAUAUUAAAGAUACUAAAUAAAAAUAUUCAACAUAACAAGUUAGUGAUUUCAAUAAUCUUAACAAAUCAAAUGAAUAAAAUAAUAAUUUAAAUUCUGUUAAAUAAAGAGAAUUGACUCCUCAAACCAAUUUUAUGAAGAAAUCAUAGUCAUCUAAAGAAAAAUUAUAUAAUUUGCUUAAACAAUCUCAUUUAAAAUAUCUUGAAAGAAAUUUUAAGACUUCUGAUAAAAGACACAAAUCUUCAAAAAAACAAGAAGAAUAUGAAGUAACAAAAGAUAAAAAUGUUAUUCUUUCUUAUUUUCCAAAUUAACGUUUAGGCUAAAUUCUUAAAAAAAAUAAUAUUUUACCUGAUAAAAUACUUUGA